ACAUCAAACAUGAUAAUAUUGAUCAAGACCAGUACCAUCACAUUCUCACUGGACAUCAAUCCAUCGGAUAGGGUGUCAGUGUUGAUGAUAAAGGUGGCAGAGAGGGCCACACUCGAGCCCUAUCAAUUCCAACUAUCAUUCGCUGGUGAUGUCAUGAGUGAUCCAGAUGCGCCCAUCUCUGCAUUCGGUAUCAAGAAGGAGGGCACUGUCCAUCUCACCGUCAUCAAACAACUUGUAUACAGUGUAGAGUUCAAAGGUACUGUCUACGAGGCAACAAUCGCCAACAAUCCAGGUCUUACAAUUCACAGUCUAAGAGUGUAUGUAUAUAGUGAGGAGGAGUUGCCACUGGUGUCAAACGAUGAGGUGUUGCAACACUUUAUCGAGACAUCAGUGUCCAAUGACGUCGAGGUAGUGUUCUGCUUCGAUACAACUGGCAGUAUGAGUGGCGUGAUCAAGGAGGUGCGUGAGAAGGUGCGCGAGACCGUAUCAAGAUUGAUCAAGGAGAUACCUAGCAUCAGAAUCGGAAUCAUUGGAUUGGGUGACUACUGUGAUACACUCAAUGCCUACAAUCAACUUGAUCUUACAUCCAACGUUGACAAGCUAUGCAAGUUCAUCACUAGUGUACCAUCCACCAGUGGUGGAGAUGAGCCAGAGGCCUAUGAAUAUGCACUGUAUAGAGCCAAGUCAAUGUCCUGGUCCAAGCAUACAUCAAAGGCGUUGGUGAUGAUUGGUGACUCACCUCCACAUACUCCAUAUUACACCAACUUGAACUUGAACUGGAUACAAGAGACUGAUGAUUUGGAGGCCUUGGGUAUCAAGAUUUAUGGUGUGGUUUGUUGCCAUGACAGGUACAAGAGCUUCUACAGUGCAAUGGCUGAGAGGACCAAUGGUCUAUGCAUCAAGUUUGACAGGUUCAAUUUGAUCAGUGAUAUGUUCAUGGCCAUCUGUUUUAGAGAGUCGAACAAGGCCAAGUAUGAGGAGUUUAGGAGUGAGACUGCAAAGAACAACUCAUCGGAUGCUGGAAUGCAACAGAUGUUCAGUGACUUGGAUAAGGAGAACUAUAAAUUGGCGCCAAUGUAUGAAGAGAGUGUAAAGGAGAAGGAGAAUGAGAAGGAGUCCGCAGCCGACAAGUUGGAGGUCGGUGGUGAGAAGACCGACGCAGUGGUCGCAGCCAAGCCCCAGGCGAUCAGGAAGAGAUAUGGAGUGAUAAGCGAUAGCCCGGGAAUGCCCGACUUUAUAUCAUUCACCAACAUGUCGGACGAGACACUCAAGAACACCAAGAUAUUAUAUAGGAGUGUGGGCAGACUGUUCAUCAGCAGCGGCCACAGGAACAGCAAGUACAGGAACCCUGUGAUUGCCAUGGUGAUCGGAUCCAUUCACAUUGGAUUCGCGCAGAUGUCCAAGCAAUUGGUGUUGGAGCACAUUCACAAGAAGGGCAAGGUAAUAUUCCACGACUAUCGCCAGGACCGCUUUGUCAAGCCACCCGUCAAGAACAUCAUUGUUGCCGCCUUUGCCUUUGACUCGGUCGAGUCCUUUGAGCAGCUCUCGGACAAGAUCAAGGAGGUCAAAGCCCUGCUGCCCAAGACCCCCGUCGUACUCAUGGGUCUCAAAUCAGAUCUGAAGGAUCUCGAUACCGAGAACAUGGGAUUGAUCGGCAGGAUGAGGUCUAGGACAAGAUCAAAGUCAAUGUCAGUAUUGCCAACUACCACUGCUUCCACCACAGAUGGCGCAUCUACCACCACUACAGCUGUUGCCGUCGCGGCACCAGCUGUUAUUGUACCAAAGAGAAGUAUUGUCAAGAACAAUAUUGACAUGUUGAUGGCCGACUAUUCUCUUGAUGGAUACAUCGAGUGUAGUUCAAACAACAAGAGCUCACUCCUCAUGGCUGAGAAGAAGGUGUAUGAAAUAUACAAGAAGUAU